AUGCCGGAUUCGAAUCCCAAUACGCCCGAGGUGCCGCCGCAGGUACCGCCACAAACCACUCCCCAGCCGGUGCGCCAUUUGCGCGUGAGCUCGACCGGCGAGAUUCUCCAUCGCUCGUCGACAGCCAGUACUCUGCACAGCAACCAAUUCAACGACUCCUUCGUGUCUCGCGUCCGCUCAUUCUUCCAGCGGGACACCCACAUCGGCCAUGUUGGUCAUCAUCCAUUGCGAGACAAGGAAAACGUUGAAAUCCAUACGUGGGAUGGACCCAACGACCCCGACAACCCUUUCAAUUGGAGUAAGACCUACAAAUGGGUCCUUACAGUGACCAUCUGCUUCAUCUCCAUCCUGACCGGUCUGCCCGCCGGCUCGUACGGCGCCGGCAAUACUUACAUGGCCCAGCGCUUCCAUGUCCAGAACGAGCCCUUUCCAAACCUGGCCUGGGCCACCACCUCGUGGAACAUGGGAGCCGCCUUUUGGCCCCUCAUCUUCGUCCCACUGACCGAAUCCUCGGGUCGCAUGCCCGGCUACUUUGUCGCAUACUUCAUCCUCGUCGUCUCUUUAUUCCCCUCGGCCUUUGCCCAGAAUUUCGCGACGCUGGUGGUCACCCGCUUCUUCGGCGGCGGCGCCUCCUCCGUGUCCAUCAACAUCGUCGGCGGCAGCAUCAGCGAUGUUUGGUAUGGCGAUAAAGCACGCAGUCUCCCCAUGUCCCUCUUCGGAUUCACCAGUGUGGUUGGAAUUGCACUGGGUCCCUUUAUCGGCUCGGCGAUUCAGGAGAUCCACAAGAAGGAUCCUUGGCGCUGGAUCUUUUAUAUCCAAAUCAUUUACAACGCGGGCCUCAUCCCGGUUUUCUAUUUCAUUCUUCGCGAGACUCGUGCUGAUGUCAUCUUGCGGAAGCGCGCCAAGAAGCUGCGCCGGGAGACCGGCCGUCCGAUCUAUUCAGAAUCCGAGCUGAACACCACCAACGUGUGGAAGCUCGUCCAGGUCUCCUUCGAGCGACCCACGCGGAUGCUGCUCACCGAGCCAGUCGUCACCUUCUUCACGCUCUGGGUGAGCUUCGCUUGGGGGAUUCUGUUCCUCUUCUUUUCCAGUGGCUGGGGCACAUUCACCACUGGCCUGGUCCAGCUCGCGAUUUCCGUCGGAGCCGUGAUUGGAACGGUAGUAAACCCCCUCCAGGACUGGAUUUAUCUCAGCUCGGCGAGUCGCAAUUGCGAUCAUCCCGGUAAGCCCAUCCCUGAAGCCCGGCUGUACACCUCUAUCCCCGGUAGUCUGCUGUUCGCCGGUGGGCUGUUCUGGUACGGAUGGGCCAGUGUCGGCGACGGGUCGAUUCACUGGAUUGUACCAACGCUCGGCAUUGGCUGUACAGGUGUGGGCAUCUACUCCAUUUACAUGGCUGUCGUCAACUACCUCACCGAUGCAUAUGAAAAGUACGCAGCAUCGGCCCUCUCGGCGGCUUCGCUCGGCCGUAACUCCUUUGGUGCUUUCCUCCCUCUGGCCUCUUUCCAGCUGUUUGAUACGUUGGGCUAUGGCUGGGCGGGCACUCUUCUGGGUCUCGUCGGCGUGGUGCUCUCGGUUGUCCCGGUUGUCUUGGUUCUCAAGGGGCCGGACAUUCGGCGGCGCAGCCCGUUCAUGCGUGAGUCGAUGUUUGAUACCAGCCAUCUGGAGGAUGUCAGCUCCGAUGGCGAUCAGAAGUCUGAAGAGUCAGAGGUGUAA